UCACGCGAGGUUUCUAAUGAUUUGACUAAAUGCCACGUCUGAGAAUGAAUAGACACCUUUGAGACCCUUUGCUCUGUUUGGAAGAAUUUGUUUGAUUAACGAUCAUCGCUGCAUAAUUACAGCAGACACGUGAGAUGAUGGCCCAUGGACGUCUGCUAGCGUUAACACUGUUCUCGGGAGCAGUGCUGUUGCUAGCCGCCCAGCUAACUGUUGCUCAUAGCCACUCUCAUGACCACCAUGGGCAUGCACACGACCACCAUGGGCAUGCACACGACCACCAUGGGCAUGCACACGACCACCAUGGGCAUGCACACGACCACCAUGGGCAUGCACACUCACACGGGGGCGGUGGUUCCGAUGGUCACUCCCAUGGCAGUCAGAAACUGCACCAGGGGGCGAGCAAGUGGAGUGCUGAGGCCAACCUGCCCCCAGCGGAGGAGUCUCACCACGGUCACGCACAUGACCAUGGACAUAAGCAUGAGGAGAGUGGACACGGGCACACCCACGGAGGAGAGAGGGUGAUAAGGGAGGCAGAAGGAGAGAAGAGGGACAUAGUGGAGCUCUGGAUGCAGGCCAUCGGUGCCACCCUGCUGAUCAGUGCUGCUCCCUUCUUCAUCCUCUUCCUGAUCCCAGUCGAGUCCAAUACAGACCAGCACAAGAACCUCCUGAAGGUGCUGCUGAGCUUUGCCUCUGGUGGCCUGCUGGGAGAUGCCUUCCUACACCUCAUCCCUCACGCCCUGGUGCCUCACUCUCACCAUGGAGACGAGGGACACGGCCACUCGCAUGACAGUGAAGAAUCACAGGAUCAUGGCCACUCGCAUGGUGCCGCCCAUGGUCACAUGAUGUCAGUAGGGCUGUGGGUCCUCGGAGGAAUUGUGGCCUUCCUGGUGGUGGAAAAAUUUGUUCGCUUCCUGAAGGAAGGAAAUGGACAUGGACACACUCACGCUGCUCCAAAGGCAAAGGAGAGUGACGGGGAGGAAGAAAAUAAGGAGGGUGAGAAAGAUGGAAAAGAAAGCAAAGAUGAGAAGACUCCAAAAGGAGUGGAGGAGAAAACUACAGAUAUCAAGGUAUCGGGCUACCUGAACCUGGCUGCUGACUUCACACACAAUUUCACUGACGGGUUGGCCAUCGGGGCAUCGUUCCUGGUGGGCCCAGCAGUAGGCACAGUCACCACUCUUACCAUCCUGCUGCACGAGGUGCCCCACGAGAUUGGCGACUUUGCCAUCCUGGUCCAGUCUGGCUGCACCAAGAAGAAGGCUAUGUGUCUACAGCUCCUGACAGCCUUGGGGGCUCUUGCCGGCACAGCCUGCUCCCUAUUGGCUGAGGGGGUGGGCGCGGCCGCCACAGCCUGGAUCUUGCCAUUCACUGCAGGUGGCUUUGUGUACAUCGCCACGGUGACGGUCCUGCCUGAGCUGCUGGUUGGGCGCUCUAGUCUGGGCCAAUCGGUGAUGGAGAUCCUGGCGAUGCUGGUUGGAAUUUACAUGAUGGUGCUAAUCGCAGAGUACGAGUGAGAGAUUGAGUCGUCAAUAAGAGAGGGUGGUAGCGCUUAAGGAGAUGGAGGUAUUUGGAGAGGGGAGGAGGAGAGACUGGACCAGAGAGAUGGAUUUAUAUCAUUGUUGUGAUUGGAAGGAAAGACUGAUGAAGUUUAAAGGAGAGCGGGAGAGAGGUGAGAAGAGACCGACAAAGAGCUUUCACAGGACUGGACUAUUUGUUCCAAAGAGGACCUGAAUAGGGAGUUGCAUUUCAACACCAACCAACUGGAGGAUUAUGACUAACAAGUUCUGAACUGUACAAAGUCCUCAUCAGCAGGACUGUCCCCGUGUCGAAGUCCGAUAGGUCAUCAAACCGAGACUUAGAAAAGCAAGGCAGAUGACUCGGAGUUGUAGUCCAUUAUAAUUGCACAGUUCAUUCCCUUUCUAGUCACAAAAUGGCAACCCAAAACCAUGUACUUUUAAGUUGCCGUUUAACCAUUGAAUCUGUCCAUUUGGUUAACUAAAAAUCAAGAAUGGCCUCUACACACAAAUAUUUGUAAUGUUUAUUUUACCUUUAAUUGUACUGGCAGAGAUCACAGAUUGAACACAAUAGAACUAGACAGUUAAGCGAUUAGGGCAUUUUCCAAGAUUUUUUAGGAUCAGAGUAUAUUAGUAUAUAACUGGAACAUUCCAAUUAAAUGAAAAGAGCACUACAGUGUAACGUAUAGUCCAUUUAACCAGGUCCCCAAAUAGCAGCCAUCUUGGAUACUUGACAUCGAUGAGGGCAGAAGUGUCCUGAAAUGUCAUCUGUUUCCUGAAUAGGACUUAUUGGGAAAGAUUAAGCUGUUUUAGAUGUCUACGUUACACAGCAGUUACUGACCAUUUAGCUAGGGAGAUAUACUUGUUAAAAGGUUUUCAUACCUUUUAUAUUGUGGAAGUACAGUAAUAUGUAUUUAGGGUGGGCUAUCCAUGUGGAAACUUAACCGAUUAUCCAGAGUGACAGGAUUCGGGGGAAGUAGACACUGUCCUUCAAAACCUAAUUUCUUCAACCCAACUUCAUUGUAAUGUCUUGACCAAGUGAUGUUUGCCCUUAUUUUGAACAACUGAAUGAUGAACCCUCUUCCAUUUUUGUUUAGUGUUUAUAAGCCACUGCUGCAGCAAGUUUUGUUGAAUUGUAACAUUUAUUCUUUUAGCGGAUUCACACAUUCUCUUGCGUACUGUACUCCAACCUGCACUGAGUGCGUUUGCUCUCCCUCCGCUCUUGACGAAUACAGAAGGCCUUGUCUCAUUAAGGCAAUCAAUGCUGUAGCUGUUAUGCGUUUAGAAAGAACUCCCUCACCCUGGACCAUUCUGUGUGUACACGACUGCAUCUCUGGACUGAUUCCAUGCCCCUAUCCACAGGACCUGGUUGACUUUCUUGUGGGUCUGAAACUGUAUUGGCAAUAUUGUAUAGUAAGCUGCUUUACCUAGGUAUCUGUGAUACGUAUGUUUUCAUCGAUUGUAUACCUUGCAUCAAAAGUCUUAUCGGAUGCUUCAGGUAGUCAACAUUUGCCUAUAGAUGGGUGCAAUGGCUUGAUUUGGAAUCACACUAUUUAAUCAGAGGGACCAAGUAAAGGACUAAUGUUAAAGUGGUGGGAUGGGAUAUUUGUUAAGCGUGGGGGUGGAGACUGGUGGAAUUUUUGUUACUUUGUUAUCUUGACUUUUCAUUAAACAAUUUAAGAUUCUCUCA